GGACGUUUGUCUCUGUGUUAGCUAAAUUGCUGAAAAUAACAUUAGCGCUGUUGCUACCGCGCUAGCCACUGUUCUGUAUUGUCAUGUCACGAAUAAUCAGUGCCUUUGAGAAAUAGAGUUGCAAGCGUUAAAUUUUUUUUUUCUUGAAUCCAACUUUGGGUAGGGUCAGAAAAUAAAAAUCUGGGUGGCGAACGGAAGAGUGAGAUGAAAUGACAACGUCAACAUUACAGAAAGCGAUUGAUCUCGUCACCAAAGCCACAGAGGAGGACAAGGCAAAAAAUUAUGAAGAGGCUCUGCGCCUGUACCAGCAUGCUGUGGAGUAUUUCCUACAUGCCAUCAAAUAUGAGGCCCACAGCGACAAGGCAAAGGAAAGUAUACGAGCCAAGUGCAUGCAAUACCUGGACAGAGCAGAGAAACUUAAGGACUACCUGAAGAAUAAAGACAAACAGGGGAAGAAACCUGUCAAGGAGGCACAGAGCAAUGACAAGAGUGACAGUGACAGUGAGGGUGAAAACCCAGAGAAGAAGAAACUGCAGGAGCAACUUAUGGGUGCUAUUGUGAUGGAGAAACCUAAUGUCAGGUGGAACGAUGUUGCUGGACUAGAAGGAGCAAAGGAAGCAUUGAAGGAAGCGGUCAUCCUGCCCAUUAAAUUCCCCCACCUCUUCACAGGAAAGAGGACCCCAUGGAGAGGAAUCCUGCUGUUUGGUCCUCCUGGAACAGGGAAGUCGUACCUGGCCAAGGCUGUGGCCACAGAGGCCAACAACUCCACCUUCUUCUCCGUCUCCUCUUCAGACCUCAUGUCCAAGUGGCUGGGAGAAAGUGAGAAGUUGGUGAAAAAUCUGUUUGACCUGGCUCGCCAACACAAGCCCUCGAUCAUCUUCAUUGACGAGGUGGACUCGCUGUGUGGCUCCAGGAAUGAGAACGAGAGCGAAGCUGCCCGCCGCAUCAAGACAGAGUUUCUGGUCCAGAUGCAAGGUGUGGGUAACAACAACGAUGGUGUUUUAGUGCUGGGAGCCACUAACAUCCCCUGGGUGCUUGACGCUGCCAUUCGUAGAAGAUUUGAGAAGAGGAUUUACAUCCCUCUGCCGGAGGAGCCGGCCCGGGCUCAGAUGUUUCGACUUCAUUUGGGAAACACGCCACACAGCCUGAGUGACUCUGACCUGCGGGAGCUCGCUCACAAAACAGACGGCUACUCGGGCGCCGACAUCAGCAUCAUCGUCCGGGACGCUCUCAUGCAGCCGGUUAGGAAGGUGCAGUCAGCUACUCACUUUAAAAAGGUUCGUGGUCCAUCCCGUAGCAACAACCAAGUGAUGGUGGAUGACCUCCUGACUCCGUGUUCCCCUGGCGACCCUGCAGCCGUAGAGAUGACCUGGAUGGACGUACCUAGUGAUAAGCUAUUGGAGCCCAUAGUUUGCAUGUCUGACAUGCUGCGCUCUCUGUCCACCACCCGUCCCACCGUCAACACCGAAGACCUGCUCAAGGUCAAGAAGUUCACAGAGGACUUUGGGAUGGAGGGAUGAGGGACCAAAUCCCGCCUCUCGCCUCAUCCGCUGGAUAGCUCGAGCCGCUCCCAGUAAUGACACCCACCCACCCACCCUCGUUUCACUGCUGUAGGCCUUCAUCUCAGCUGGGCUCCUGGUUUUCUGACUCUCAUGGAUGAAAUCGACAAACAGCUGGUCUGACAUCUUCUGUGUCUAGGCCAGGGUUUGAAAAUCCCAGAAGGACGCUUCCUGAACGCCACCUUAGAAAAUCUCAGCGUGAUUCUGUAGUUGGACAAUAGACCCUAUGACCCCACCACCAUUUUCUGACUGUUAUCUUCCAGAAUCUUCACUACGUGGACUCUGCUGCAUUUCCCCUGAGGAAAUGUUUGAAGUUCUCCCCUCGCUGAGCCGAUUCGGUGUCUGACUGAAGGACUGUACAGUUUUGUUGCCGUCGUGCACUUUGCUUUCGAUCCCAACGAAGGACCGAGACGUUUCGAUGGAAGGAGCAGAAGCUAGUCCCCGCCAGGCAUGCAAGCGUGUGAAUGCAUUCGAGUGUUUUUAAUUCAACUUCUGUGUCUUAAUGUUUCUGUUUGAUGUUAUGAACCUGGUGUUUUGUUAUUUAAUGUCAAGUUAAGUUAGGUUUCAGGAUCAGGCCUGAAAAUUAAGUCAGACUAAAGUAUUUAACAAGAUAAGAGAUGUUCGGCUGAGGGGGAAAAACACAGACUACGUUCACAAGUCCAGAUAUUGUGUUUCUUUCACAGAAACCUAAAUAUUAGGUUUUCUAACAAGCAAAGUUAUUUAAAUGUUAAAUUCUGUAAAAGGUUUCUGUGUUUUCAGGAAAUUCGCAAAACUGUUCGUAAUGAAGCUGCUUAUUCUGGAGCUUUAAGUCGUACCACAGCUUUUCAUCAGACGUAAACAUUUCUUUUCAAAAGUGAGUCUUGAGCCGCUUUUCUUAAGAAUCAGAAAA